GGCGAGGAAGGGAAGGGAAGGGAAGGGCCGAGCGUCCCGACAGGGCCAUGAGCGACCCAGCCGACACCGGCGACUACGCUUCCCGCCGGGAGAUCCCGCGGCUCUUCGAGAGCAUGUUGACAGGUCUGAUGUAUUACCGGCCUGAAGAUCCCAUCAGUUACCUUGAAGGCUGUUUGAAGAAAGUCCGGGAAAUGGGCGGCCCAGAGAUGUUGCAAUGGGACACUUUCAUCAGCCGGGAAGAGCUGGCUGUGCAACCUGCUGCUGGUGGGCUGAACAAGAAGCCCAUCUUCCCCACAGGGCCCAUCACAGCCCCGUCUGGCGCAUACCAGGACGUACCCCCCGUCAAGAGCCAGUUCUCCAUUGAGAGUGACUCCGAACUGACUGAAUCCACUGGGUUAAUCCAAGAAUACAAUGUAUUUGACCCCGAACAUCCCCAUCCAAAGAUCAUUUUUGUGAUAGGGGGUCCCGGGAGCGGGAAGGGGACUCAGAGCCAGAGAAUGGCCUCUCACUUUGGUUUCGUCUGCAUUUCCAUCGGGGAAAUCCUGCGCAGUCAGAUGAUCCACCGUGCCACCAGCGACAAGAAAUGGGAGUUGAUUGCUGAGAUCAUUGCCAAUGGCGAGUUGGCCCCACCAGAAACGACCAUUGAGGAGUUGAAGCAUCAGUUCAUCAAGCAGCCAGACGCCAAAGGAUUUGUGGUGGAUGGAUUUCCCCGAGACAUCGGCCAGGCCUUCAUGUUUGAGGAGCAGGUUGGUUCUCCAGACGUCAUUGUGUUCCUGGCUUGUUCAAGCCAACAGCUCCAGCAACGGUUAGAAGAACGGGCUCAGGAACAGGGCCGCUUGGAUGAUAACCCCCAGGCCAUUAAGCGCAGGCUGGAGACCUUCAAGCAGAAUGCUCAGCUGAUCGUGAAGUACUACCAGGAGAAGGGAGCCGUGGUCCAGUUCGAUGCAGACAGAGAAGAAGAUGAAACAUUUGCUGCCAUCAGCUCCUGUGUUCAGCAACGGUUGCAUCUAGAUGGAAAAAGAACUCUAGAUUUGGCACUGCCAUCUCCACUGCACAGCUCCUUCAGCCCGAGCCAAGACUCUCCAAAGGAAGAGAAGAAAGAAGAGCAGGUAGAGGCCUUUGUCACCCCAGAACCUCUCAGAAUGGCGGCAGAAAAAUUGAAAAACCACAAAAUCAUCUUUGUCGUGGGGGGACCAGGUUCUGGGAAGGGGACUCAGUGUGAGAAGAUUGUCCAAAAAUAUGGCUACACCCACUUGUCCACCGGUGACUUGCUGCGGGCGGAGGUCAGUUCUGGCUCCGAGAGGGGGAAGAAACUUUCGGCCAUCAUGGAAAAAGGAGAGUUAGUUCCACUGGAUACUGUCCUUGAGAUGCUGAGGGACGCCAUGGUGUCCAAAGCAGAUAAAUCCAAGGGCUACUUGAUUGAUGGUUAUCCCCGGGAGGUGAAUCAGGGCGUGGAAUUUGAGAAGAAGAUCACUGCCCCCAGCCUGCUGCUGUACGUGGAUGCCGGGAAGGACACCAUGGUGAAACGGCUGCUGAAGCGGGGAGAAACCAGCGGGCGCGUGGACGACAACGAGGAGACCAUCAAGAAGCGUUUGGAGACCUAUUACAAGGCCACCGAGCCUGUCAUCGCCUAUUACGAGAAAAAGGGGAUCGUGCGCAAGGUCAACGCCGAAGGCUCGGUGGACGAGGUCUUCAAGCACGUCUGCACUCAUCUGGAUGCCCUCAAGUAAACCACAGGAGAAGCCGCCUUGCUCUUUGUCAUCCCCCCAGACCCGGCCCUGUGUAGACACGCCCCCGAGCGAGCGCCUCUCCUCCCCCCUCCCCGCCGGGCUGCCUCCCAUUCCAUCUCCAAAGGCCGCGAGGGAGGAAGUGGCUUCAUCCUGUUUUCGUGGACAGAGCCCCAUGGAGGAAAUUUCAAGGACAAUGCCUUUGGCUUCCUUAAAGCUUCUCUCGCAGAGGAAUGCUCACUUUCGUGAGAUGAGAUGUUUUUAUCCUUUUUUUUAAUGAGUUUUUCACCCUCAGCCAGGGGUGGUGAGGGGGGAAGCUGUCUUUUCAUUCCUCCGUCCAGGGGUGGAUCAAGGGUAGAGAAGGUCCUGUGGAUUCCACCCCAGACGAGGUGGAAUGAGGACAAUCUCUAACCACUCCAGAGCUCCUCGUUGGACAGCAGGCCCCAUUCUCCCCAACAUUAUGCAGAUGUGAAGGGAUCCUUAAUCCGGCAAGAGCUGGAGGGUGAUGGGUGUGGAAGUCCAAAACCUCUGGAGCACCUCCUGCCCUUUGAACCUUGACAUGAAUAAUUCAGAACAAGCUUUUGAGACUUUGAAACCUCCUUGAAACCUGCAAAAUUCUUGAACAGGCUGAUAAUUUUCUUCCCAUGAGGUGGAAUAGAGUUGGCCCGUUGGCCUGCCAGCAGUUAUGAACCUUUAGAACAGUGUUCCUCAACCUUGGCAGCUUGGAGAUGUGUGGACUUCAAGUCCACACAUCUUCAAGCUGCCAAGGUUGAGGAACACUGCUUGAGAUGCAGCCUUUCUGCAGGCAAGGUCCACCUGGCCAAUCUUGCUCUCCUUCCUUCCCAGGUGACAAAUCCUUUAGGCCUUCCUGGGUUCCUGGUUACAGAAUGACAUGGCCCCAAAGUGGGCAGAGGUGCAAAAGCUGCUUUUUUUUCCCAUUAAAGAAAGAGAAAGGUGGGUGUACCUCUUCCUAUGCCAACGGAAGGCUCAGGUGAUGGGCUUUGUUCCUCCACACACCCCACCCCAUUCCCUCCAGCAUGUCAGGGGGAGAGUCCCCACUCCUCUCAAACUAGAUCUCUGUGGGCCAGUAGAGCUUAAUUUUUAUUUGGAAGGAAGAAAUGGAAGAUUUCUUCCAACAUACAAACUCCAGCUGGUGCUAUGAAGUAAUUCAACCAUCCUAAGAAGAAUUCAAGCUUGCAACUUUAAAAAUAGAAAUCCAGUGAGCGUGCAAACUUUCUCCCUGGAGAGAGGAGAGGGAAGGGGGUGCAAGGAUGCCCCCACCAGAAGAUCAGGCUAUUUUUUCAAGUCUUUCACCCCGCCACAACCCAAAGUCUUGGAUCUGUGUAUCCUUGUGUGCUGAAUUUCCUUAGCAACUAAACAUUGCCUUUUCCUUUGUCCCCGGGCGAAUUUCCCUUUCUUCUUUUAUUUGCUAUCUCUAAAGUAGCUGCUCUGCUUUAGGGAGGGCGAGAAAAA